UGACCCAUAAAGACUAUUCCCAUUAUAUAUAUGCUCACCAACAAAGUUGAAAGCAAAAGAACAUAGGAAACAUCAUGUUAGUGAAGGCAGAGAAAGCCAUGCCUCUGAGAGAGGAAGGUGCUGAACCAAGAGGAACAAUUCCCUUGAAGCAGCACUUUGUGCUAGUACAUGGUAUUGGAGGAGGAAGUUGGUGCUGGUACAAAAUCCGGUGCCUUAUGGAGAAUUCUGGCUACAAGGUCUCAUGCAUUGACCUCAAAAGUGCAGGAAUUGAUCAAUCUGAUGCUGAUUCUGUUCUUUCUUUUGAUGAUUAUAAUCAACCCCUCAUGGAUUUCAUGUCUGCUUUGCCUGAGAAUGAACAGGUUAUAUUGGUGGGCCACAGUGCAGGAGGCUUGAGUAUUACUCAGGCAUGUCACAAAUUUGCCAAGAAGAUUCAUUUAGCAGUGUAUGUGGCAGCAACUAUGCUCAAGUUGGGAUACUUAACAGAUGAAGAUCUAAAAGAUGGUGUACCUGACCUAUCUGAGUAUGGGGAUGUCUACCAGCUAGGAUUUGGAUUGGGACAGGAUAAGCCUCCAACUAGUGCAUUGGUUAAGAAAGAAUUUCAACGCAAAAUCAUCUACCCUUUAAGCCCUCACGAGGACUCUACCUUAGCUGCUAUGUUGUUGAGGCCUGGGCCAAUUCUAGCAUUGACAAGUGCAAAAUUCAGAGAGGAUGGUGAAGUGGAGAAGGUGCCGCGAGUGUAUAUAAGGACUAGGCAUGACAAGGUGAUGAAGCCUGAGCAACAGGAAGCCAUGAUAAAGAAGUGGCCACCAUUGACUGUGUAUGAAAUAGACAGUGAUCAUAGCCCCUUCUUCUCAACCCCUUUCCUCCUCUUUGGUUUCAUUGUAAAAGCUGCAGCUUUUGACAUUGGAUGUUACUAAGUUCAGAGACCACCCUGCUAGCUUUUUUCUACUUUGCUUUUCUU